AUGUUAAUAUCUGAGGUUAGUGCAACUUAUAACCAGAAUCAAAGAAGAGAUAAUAAAGAUGUUGUAUUUAAGGUUCAUUUUUUAUUUAACUAUUUAUAAAAGUCUGUUUAUCAAUGGAACGAUAUUGCUGUAGAGCAACUUAAGCAAUAAUUCCAUAUCCUUUAAGGAAAUUGGAAAUCUAUUAGCUAAUAAUUGAAUGGACCAAGUCCUUUAGAAUGUAUGAUAAAAUGGCAAAGCCUAAAUCCUAAACAAGUAUAUUUUUGAUAUCUUAAAAUUAAGACUCUUUCUAGAUAAUUAUGGUCAUAGGAAGAAGAUGAAUAAUUGAAGGAGCUUGUUAAGAUGUACGGAAAGAAAUGGAGUAAGAUAUGUACAGUGAUGAAUUGGAGAACAGGAAAGCAAGUUAGAGAAAGGUAUCUAAAUCAAUUAUAGAUGCACAUAAAUUAUGAAAAAUGGACAGAUUAAGAAGACAAGAUGAUUUUGAAAUUGUACAAAAAGUUUGGAACGAAAUGGAGUUACAUAUCUAGUUUACUUAAUGGAAGACCUGUAUAAAUGAAUAUUAUAAUAUUCAAUAGGAGAAUAUGGUAAAAAAUCGUUUUUAUGCAACUUUGAGAAGAAGGUUUCAAAAAGAAUUAGAUUUUGAGGAUCAAAGCUAGGAUUCUGAAGAUUCUUAAGAGUCUUACAAUAUAAAUAAAUAUAAAAAGAAGAAAAAGUAAAGACCUUAUAAAUUGAUUAAUGAUUCUAUUUAAAUCAAAAAAUGUUAGCUUUAAGAUGUCAGUCCAUCAAUAUUCUAACGAAUUACUAGAUCCAAGAAGAACAAUCAAUAAUAACAUUAAAUCAAAUAAGAAAAUGCUUAAGUAUAGAUUAAAUAAUAGAAUAUAACUCAAAAUUACUAGAAAAUUGAAAAAUAGGAAUAUGAAAGUUAAUCAAAUUAAUUACAAUAAUAAUAAGAAAUAAUAAAUGAUCAAAUCAUAACUAAUUAUAAUUAGAUUCCAUAAAAUCCAAUUAUGUUAUUUACACCUCUAUAAAAUAUUUAAGUCCCAUAUGGAUAUAAUUACUUAUAAUAAUAAGUAGGUUAACAAUAAUAUUAGUAAUAUUAUAAGUUUGAGAAUACUAUAGAUUAAAAUCACUAGUAUUCUAAUUAAAAUAAUAAUUAUUAAUAAUUUAUUCAACCUAAUUUUUAUCAGAAAAUUGAUAAUUAUCAUUUAUAAAAAAGGUAUCAAUAAUUAUAGUAAUAUACCUAUCAAAUAUACCAGUGA